AUGGAACAGUACAUGGACAUAUGCACCUGGACCAAGUGCGGCGGCACCUGUCCCAGCGACAAGCAACACGUUCUUACUGUAGACUCGGGAGGCCCUGCCGAUGAGAACGAGAGAUGCAGCGACGACUUUGUCAACGGUGCCUUUGAUGACGACGCUCAGGAUCCCAAUAAAGGUCAGAAGAGUCGCCGCAAGCUCUGUUGCCCUAAGAAGGAUUCAUUCUCCAACUGCAGCUGGAGGUCUGCCAAUGUUUGUUCGAGGCAAUGCGACAACGGUCAGAUCACUCUGGAUCUGGACCCUCAAGGCAUGGGAGGUGCAUUCUGUGGAAACGGACGGCAGAAAGCCUUCUGUUGCGAUGCUCCUGGCAAAAGCAAUCAGCCAUUCCUCCCUGUCAACCUAGACAAGCUCUUUCCACCAGAGCUACUACCGCCGCCAGAUUCGGUUCCGCAAUUCGAGCUCAUCACCUUCGGAAAGGGUUCGCGAAACAGCCAACCGAACAAGGCCGGCAUUGCUUUCUUCCUCCUUGCAGGCUCCGACACUGGCCUUGCCUCCAUGUCCAAGCGUGACAAUCCCAAUCUUGUCUUUCUCGACUGCCCCAAGGACAUUCACUCUCAGCCUGUCGGACAGGUACAGACUGCGCGAGUUAUUUGCCUCGGUCUCUUUGAGGAGUGCUUCGGUGUCGCAAAGGAUGGAGUCGAGGGAACAGUGGUCCACAUGCCAACCGAUUGUGGUGCUGGGUCAUAUGCUCGAGCUGUUGCUCUUGUUCCUUCGAAGAACCAGUCUAUCCCCAUUCAUCUGGCUCGCAGUAAUCCGUCUGCUGUGUACGACUUUUCAUUUGACUACGACAUGGGAUUGGUACGUCGUGAUGCCGGCGAAUUCUCGAUCCGGGUUGACUAUUCCAAUGUCAAGGGCUAUUGGAAUGAAGUGGUAGACCUGACGGGAAAAAGGAAGCGAGAUCUCAAGUCCCUUGUGGAUAGAUUCUACGCGGACAACUCGCAAGACUGGUUUACUCAGUUCGACAAGACAGACAUCGGAGAUUCCGAAGACCUCAACGACAACGAAAGAUCCGUUCUGAACCAGCUCAUUUACUUUGACUCCCAAAUGUGCGAUGUGGACAGUGGCAACAAGGAGGGUCAAGGCUUCUCCAUCACCCUCGAAGGGUCAGCCAACGCGAGGUUCUUUUACGGGUUCUCUAUGAUUGCGACCUGGACACCUGGAAGAAAGCUCAAGGUUCACCAAUCGGCCGGGUUCCUUCACGUUGAUGGUGAUACAAAGGCGGAGUUUACAGUGGCUGGCAUUGGAAAGUUGGACUCGUCUCAGAAAACUGACAAUGGUCCAGUCACAUAUAGCGAAGCUUCAGAGUCGCUAGGUGGCCAUGGUCUGUGGCAUGGCUGGGCCAACUUCAGGCCAUAUAAGCAAGAGAGUGUCGAGUUUAACACCAGAAACUCGCAGGGGACUGCAGUGUCUCUAAAUGGCUAUUUGAGUGCGAAAGUGGUAGCUUUAUGGGGUAGCCAAAAUGUCCAUUUCCCGGAGGGCAGAAAGUCUGUCAAAAUUUCCGAGCCCCUGGUUAGCAGCAAAAGCGCCUUGACGCCGCUGUCCAAGCCCGGCCCUGAAUCUGAGAUUACCGUCGCCGCCAUUACCAAGUUUGGCCUAGAUGUCGACCUUUCAUUCGGAAUGCCAUAUACUGCCGCUAUAGACGGUACUCUCCCUGACAUCUCUGUUUCACAAGAAGUCUCAGCCACGUUUGUAUGGAAAGAAGAAGACGGGCAGGUAUGUCUGGAUACCUAUGCCGGCCAGACACAGAAGGCCAAACUUAUUUCAGGGUCUUACGUUGGCUGGGGCGAUGACUACGAGCACCUUUUCCUUCUGCAAGACACUCACGUCGGAAGUCAGAGAUGUUUCGGAAAGUCUUCCCACAAGUCGCGGUCAUACAAGCUUGAUCCUCCCAAUGCAGGUCUCAUUGACGAUAAGAACGACGAAGAGGAACCCGAGUGCGACAAGGAAGAUGUGCUUUGCAUCCGCGCCAAGAAAAAAGCCAAGCGACAGAACAAUUCUACCCCGGAUAAUUAUGACUUCAGCGGCCAUGGUAUCAUCCGAAAGGCCAGUGAACUUUCCGACAAGUCUAUUGACGACUGGGUACGGAAGAAGCAACGAAUCUCAUGUGAGCCGUGCGGGUCUUGCAUCAUCACGGAAAAGGGUGAGAAGGAAAGUUGUUGCUCGUGUGUCUGGCUUCCACCACCAGACGAGGAUGAGGAUGAGCCUGACCUCGGCAGUAUGCCGUUGCCGGGAGGUCCUAUCAUCCCUGGUGUUCCCGAGAAGCGUGGGGUUGGCUUCGAAGACUCUAAGGGUGGCUCAAAUUUGCUUUACGCACGAGCUUCAAACAUUCCUGCUGUAGGUUUUGACAACAAAUGGAUCAAUUUCUGGGUGCCAGCAGGUAGCCCCGACCUUUUCAUUGUCGGCACCGAACUCUACCCCCAAUAUCCAGACUAUUACAAGGAUCCAGAGGGCACUAAAAAUAAGCCUUUUGAUGGCAAUGCAUUGUUUAAAGACAUCAAAAUGUACUACCACAACAAGACUGCCGUUUGUACGUCUUUCGACGUGGAAAAGGCACCAACCUACGACAAGAUUUGGAAGUAUGACAGACAGGACAAGCACGGUCCAUACAAGAAGGGGGUCUUGUACCAUCAGCACUAUGACACAGAGCACGUUAUGGAAGGCCAGACAAUCAGUCGCUUCUUCGGUAUAUGGCUUCCCAGCAACAAUUACCCACAUUCAUGGUCUGAGAAAUGGGCCUUCACAGAGUACAAGGAGUGGGAGAACAAGCAGUCUAAGAAGACUAAUGCCUUUGUGCAUCUGGUGGUGGAUGAGCUAGGCUCGAGUAUUCACUAUGACCGUCUCGCCAUUUUCCUCAGCAACUCGAACCGCCUCAAAGGCUCUCUCUUCAAAGGUACAAGCACCACAACCAACGCCGCCUUCGCCAAGCUCGAGGCUGGGGCGGAGCAGUUGCUGCAUGUCCGCGAGAUAGGCCUCAUAUUCGGCUACAUGGGCCGCGACGAGAUCUGGGAAGCCUUCUGCGAUUCUUACAAUGGAAUUCUGGACCUGAUGGAGAGGUUUGACGUGUGGUAUCUUAAAGAGACGAAGAAAACGAGUGAUCUGGCGACACAGUGGUCUAACUUCAUCAGGAGUGAGCUGGACAUGGUCGCUCUGCAAGCUCGUAGUGACGUUAAGCGUCUAUACAGCCAAAAGAAGCCGGCCGGUAAGAAGUACGACGAUUUCUGGGAUGUCAUCAUGAAAGGGGGCGCGGCUGCCGAGAUGGCAAAGGUCAAGUUGGAUAAGAUUGGCAAUUGUAAGAAACUGCCACCUACUAAAGUUCCUGCCUGGAAAUUUCCUUAG